AUGUCUGGCAAAAGAGUGCAGAAGAAUCACUUGAAUCACUUCCAGACGGAGAAGACGCGACGACUGAACGCCAAACAAGAUCUCAGUCUUAAGGGAUCCAUUGAUGAGCCAAUUGUGGACUUGAUAUCUGCGUUGAACUCUUGUGGCGCUUAUUACACCACCAGUUCGUGCUCCGGAAGAAUCACUGUUAUGGCAGAUAAUAGCGGCUGUCAUCUGAAGAAGUCUGUCAGCAAAUGGCUGUUCAUAUCGCACGAUGUGGUGGAUUCAGAUGAGGUGAUGUCGGCCAUCAGGAGUGGUGGCGAUCGGCCACUGUAUGCGUCCUUCAAAGUGGAACCGUUUGUAUUGCAUGUCUGCGCCGAUGGCUUGUCUGCAGCCAAACGACUGCUGGAAGUGGCCAUCGGUUGCGGUUUCCGUAACUCUGGACUCACUAUCAGUAAAAGCGAUCGCAUUAUAGUCGCCGUCAGGAGCUGUCACUCACUGGAAGUGCCCAUCAUUUGCGAUAAAGAGCUGAUUGUCACCGAAGACUACGUGAAGUACAUCACAGAAGAAUUGGCGGCCACUACACCCUUCUCAGCCAAACAGCUGAAGGAAUGGUACGCUGAGUUCAUCCAGGAGUGUCCCAACGGACAGAUGGAUAAACAGACUUUUAUGCAGAACUUUGGCGAACACUUCUUCCCGGCCGACGGAAACACUAUAAAACUCGCCGAAUAUGUCUUCAAACGAUUUGACGCCAAUCAAGACGGCGCCAUUAGUUUCACGGAAUUCAUUAAUGCCGUCUCAAUCCCAUCCAAAGGCAAUAUCGACGAGAAACUGGACUGGUGUUUCUCCAUCUAUGACAUCGAUGAGGACGGUUUCAUCACCACUGAAGAGAUGGGAAAUGUUAUUAAAGCUAUAUUCAGGCGAAGAGGUCUCCGAUUGGAUAUUGACUCCAAAGUUCAAGAGAUUUUUAACAGAAUGGAUGUCAAUAAGGACGGAGUGCUCAGCAAAGAGGAAUUCAUACGCGGCUUCAAAACGGAUCCCCAAAUAUUAAGUGCUUUAGUGGCCGAACAGUGCUCUACGACCGCCACUACCGACCAAACCGUUAGGAAUAAUAAUAAUGAAAGACAUUCUUUGGCCUCGAAAUGA